AUGCUGGGCGAGAACGGCACCGGUAAGACAACCUUCAUCCGAAUGCUGGCCGGAAACCUGAAGCCGGACGAUGGUUUUAAGUGUCCUCCACUGAAUGUCUCCUACAAACCGCAAAAGAUUAGCCCCAAAUCGGAGAAAACAGUACAGAUGCUGUUGUACGAAAAAAUGCGCGACUCAUUCACUCAUCCACAAUUCUCUACAGACGUGCUUAAACCACUACAAAUGGAGCGGCUGUAUGACCAACAGGUCAUGAAUCUGUCCGGAGGUGAGUUGCAACGACUGGCUAUUACCCUGUGUCUUGGUCAGCCGGCAGAUGUCUAUCUCAUUGAUGAGCCGUCUGCCUAUCUGGACUCUGAGCAGCGUCUACAUGCAGCCAAAGUCAUCAAACGGUACAUCAUGCACGCUAAGAAGACCGCCUUCGUUGUUGAGCACGACUUCAUAAUGGCCACGUAUCUGGCUGAUCGAGUGGUUGUCUUCGAGGGCACACCC